ACUGAUUCAGCCACUUCCUCUGAUCCACUCAAAGUCUUGAGCUGGCUCCGAAAAGAUCUGGAAAAAUGUGCAAUUGGAGUCCAGAAUGUGUUGAACAGCAGUAACAAUGCUGGUGGUGCAAGAUCACGAGAGCCGUCUGUUGGAAGGCAAAGCACCCAGCAGCGCAAUGCGUCUUCCCCAGGUGGUUACAGCAUCUGUGAUGAAGAGUUCAGUAUGAAUGUCAGCUCUUCCAACAGAGGCUCUCCCAACUUCCACUUGGCCAUGAAAACCGCCUGUCAAAAAGGACCCAAAGAUGAAGAAAGCGAUGGUUCCACCUCGCCAAAUGCAAAUACGGACUCAGAUGAAGUUUCUUUCUACUGCAAUAGACUUUCUAACCUUGCCAUAGCAAUGGCACGCAAAGAGAUGAAUGACCGGUCAGAUGGCAAUGCCACGUGCAUACAUAAGACACUUUAUGCUGCUGCCGGGGACCAUGGCCACAGGUCUGUUGGGGUGGGUACAGAUGACUGUAAGCACAAUCCAUCUAAGAUGUGCGACUGCAAAUAUGAAGAAAGUCCCAAUUCUAAGAAGAAAGCCACAUUUUAUUACAAAGAAGAAGGUGGUACAGAAAUACCUAACAAAAGUGAACCUUGUAGAGAUGAAGCCAAAGCUUGCAACCAUAGGAAACGCUUUGGUCCAGAUGAAUAUACCAACUCACUGAGCAAAGGAAUCUUAGUCUACGCAAACAAUGUGGUUUCAGAUAUGAUGGUCUCUGUCAUGAAAACCAUGAAAGUUAAAGUGAAUGAUUCCAACAUAGCUUGUGCAGUGUUGAAAAAGGUACUGCUGAAGCAUUCCAAGGAGGUGGUGUCUGACUUGAUAGACUCCUGCAUGAAAAACCUACAUGAUGUCACUGGAACACUCAUGACCGACUCUGACUUUGUUUCAGCAGUGAAACGGAGCCUCUUCACUCAAGGAAGCCAAAAGGCCUCUGAAAUUGUCCAGGCCAUGCUGAACCGGUUACAUAAUGCUUUGAUUGUACAGAAACAGGUGAGUGAGAAGGCAAAAUCUCAGAGAAUGGCCUUUGCCUCUGUCAAUACAGGUUCAGGAACCGAUGCAAAAACACAGAACAUGAGAUUUGCUGCUGCAAAAACAGAAACGGUGAAAGAAAAGGAAAUGACCUGUGCAGAAACAGUUGGCAAUCAUAUCAUAAAGGAGGGCCUCUCUAUGUGGCACCAAAAACAACAGAAUGAGAAUGCAGGAUCAAAUCCUCAGGCAAAAGCAAUCUGUAAUCCCGAAAACCCAGACCUUUCAACUGACUCCUGGGCAAGAGACCUGAUUGUAACCGCAUUACUGCUGAUCCAGUACCAUCUAGUCCAGCAGGAGAAUGCACUGAAGGAUGCAGCGGAUGGUGGCAGGUCUGGCAAAAUUUCUGGCACCACAUUUGGUUUGAUGUCUCAGGAAAAAAGUGGCAAUGCUUCUACUCUCCCUUCAUCAAAACCAUAUGACACACUGAAAUCUAGUGACGAGGAACCUUCUGAGCCUAAUGCUGAUAAUGACAUGUCAAGUGUUGUAGUGAUGCUUAUCCAAAAGCUCAUCAAUGAGACAGUCAAUAAAUUAGGAGGAAAUGUUGGGACAGUGAUGUCUGAUGAAGCAUAUAAAAGUCCUUACAAAACUCCAGAAGGGCCAGGGCCUUCAGCCCUUUCAGAAGGGGAUCAUUCUUAUGAGGAUGCCAUAUCUGGACUGACCAAAAUGAUUCUGGAUCAGUUUGAUGUCAACAGGAAGGAAGGAGGCAGUGGGCCAUUCAUUGACAACCUAGUGGAUACAGUGACCAAGUUGUGCCUCAUGAUAGCCAAAUACAGCAAUCCCGAGUCAGGUCUUGGAGAUAUUGGAGACGGAGAAGAUGCUGGUGGAGCUAUGUAUUCAAAGGACAUGGAAAGUGCAGAAAGUCGAAUAGGGUCAGGUGAAUCUGGCCGCAAAGUGGUUGUGACCAAUCAGAAUGUUCCUGAGAACAUUCACAACAAACAACUCCAAGCUAUCCUUCAGUGGGUGGCAGCCUCUCAGCUAAAUGUCCCUGUGUUGUACUUCAUGGAUGAUGAUGAAGAAAACCUGAAUAAGGUAAACAAUGAGAUGUUUGAGAAAAUGAAGGGUGGGAAUUGA